AUGUGUGUGAAGGUGAAUUGACGUGUGUGUGUACACAACUCUUUCGAUGCGCCAUAUUAAAAUCAACAAAGAACAAUUUCAUAAAAAAUAUAUAUAAAAUUUCAAACAACAAUAGGUAUAUUUGUUUAAACAAUCAAUCAAUUAAUAAUUUUUUUGUGUAUUUUAUAAUUAAAAUCAUAGUGUGUGUGUGUGUUUGGCAGUGUGUUUAAUUAAGUAAUUAAAAAAAUCAAAAUUGACAUUUCGAGUAUCAUCACUCAUUGGCUAUCUGUCAUUAUUAUUUUUUUUUUUUUAUUUUUUUUAAUAUAUUUUAUAACAAUAAAUAAUUGUUAAAAUGACAACAAAUAAAUUAUGUAAUUUUUUGCAACGUCUUCAUCUACCACUACGAGGAGUUGUGGCACCAAAAUAUUCAACAGCUGUGCAUCAACAAAAUUCAUUGUCAAAUAAAAUUGAAUUUGAUCCAUCAUUAUUUAAGAUAAAUAAAAAAAUAUGUGAACCAAAUUUGAGUCUAGCUUCAUUGUCAAUAAAUUCACAUGAUUUUGAUCUUCCAACUCAUCGUGGAUGGAUCAACAAUGUCAUUGAUUCACCAAUAAAAAAAAUAUACGACAUAACUGAUCCCGCUAAAAAUGACUAUUCAAAGGAAGAUAAAACAACAGAUAAAACAAUUGAUUUACCAACAAAUAAUAGCUCAAUUAAUAUUGAAAAACAAGCAGCAAGAAUGAUUGUCAUACGUCGUCGUAAAAUGAGACGUCAUAAAUUAAAAAAAUUACGUAAAAAAAUGAAAUUUAAAUGGGCAAAAGUUAAACAAAGACGUGAGCUCAAAAAAGAAAAAGCAUUUCAUGCUGAAUUAUUAGCACAGAUACAUGAAGCUGAAAAAUUUGAUGCUAAAAAAUAUGUGCAAUCGAAAUUUGAUAUAUUGGAUAAUGUUAGAAUCCCAUCAAGAUGGAAAGGUGAAAUUCUACCUGAAUCAAUGAUACGAGAAUUUAUGCAAAAAGAAGAAGAAAUUAAACAAAGAAAACUCAACAUACCUAGACUCAAACUUGAUUAAAUUUUUCACUAGAUAAAUAGCUUGUUGAUUGACAAAAUAAAAUACAAUAAAUUUAUAAUAUCACAUUGA